UAAAGCAGCAAACCAAUAUGAAACCUGAAGAGCGGAACUUUGUCCUCUCUGAAAAUGACAAAGGCGAGAUGAUGGCGGAGGCUCAGCAAAUCAUGCAGGAAAUUAGAGACGGAGGCUGCAGAACUCAGAAGAACAAAGCUGACAACACGCAGGAAGGGACCCACAAAUAAACUUUACAGAUCGUUCUGAAUCAGACGACAGACUCACUGAUGGCUUCAGGCUCUUCUCUGAGAGAAGUAGCUGAGCUGCUGCUCUAUGCAGAUGAUGUAGUCAACAGGACAAAUGACCUUAACAAAGAAAGUUUGGCAGCUUUACAACAUCUGCAGCACAUUCUAGCUCAACUUGAGAGUGAACAAAGGAUGCUGCAUAACAACAUUGCUGACAUCUUCUCAGGACUUGAGGAAAUAAAAAAAGAAUCUGCAAAGUAUGCAGCUCAGAUGGAUGGUGCAAUGCUGGAAUUGUCUAAAAGGUUAAACAACAGCCUUCUGACCAUUGCAAAGGUAAAUACCGUAGGCAAGGCUGAGGAACACGUAGAGGAGCUCAGUACCAUGGCAUCAGUAUUACAAGAAGUGAUGUAUAAUGCCACCUACAAUACUGAGCAGCUCAGGAUUCAGGGUGUAGGAUGUUAUGAUAACAUCAUCAAAGCCCUUGAGACAGCAGAGUCAACAGCAAAUCAGUCUGGAGUGGCUGCUGAUCAGGCUUUAAAGGCCAUGGAGGGAGGUCUGGUCAUCAGCGCUGAGGAGAUGAAAGACAAUUCAACUGAUUUACACACAGAAGCCAACAACACUCAGAGCCACAUUACAACGCUUUCACGUACUGCAUACUCUCACAAAAACAGAGUGAAAAAGCUAAGUGAAAAAGGAAAAUCUUUGAUAGGGGGCAUCUUGACGGCUGAAGAUGACAUUAAACAGAUCAAAAGAGUGAAAAGCUUCAACAGAGCACUCCCUGUGUUGAAUAACAAGCUCGUACAAAUCAAGGCUCUCAGUGGGGGGACACCUACUUCUGCCAACAUAACGGAGAGCAUCAUAAGAAUAAAAGAUAUCAUAAACGAGGCAAGAAACUUUGUUAACAGGAUUUCUGCUGCCACCACUUUUAAUGGAAAGGGUCAUGUUGAGCUUCACCCUCCAAAAAAGCUGGAAGACAUAAAAGCGUUUACAGCUGUUGAUCUGUCUCUCAAUCACCAUCACUCCAAACUCCCCAAGAGUGACCAGAGACGAAAGAGACACCAGCACAGAUGUAGAGAGGACAACCUUUUUGUUUUCUAUCUGGGUAACAAGAACGCAUCAGGAGACUACAUUGGGAUGGCUAUCAGAAACACAGUGUUGAUUUGUGUCUGUAAGCUGGGGGGAAUCAUUCAUAAAGUGGAAACCAGUCAAAUAACAGUCACCAAUGUCAACUCCUCAAACUUUGACAGAGUUUUCUUCCGCAGAGUUUACCAAGAUGCUGAAGUUAACAUCACUCAAAACUAUACGUCACAGACAGCCAUCAGCCUCCCUCCAGUACGUAAUCUGCCAAACACAACGACUGGUGUCCUCAGCUUGAAUCCAGACAGUGUUGUCUUCUAUGUGGGAGGCUAUCCCGAGGACUUUAUACCCCCGGAAGAGUUACGUUACCACAAGUACAGAGGAGCAAUAAAAUUCUCUUAUAUCAACGACAGUCCUGUUUCCCUGUUCAACUACAAGCGUGCCGUCAACAUGGAUUUAAAGCAGCCUGCUGCUAAAAUUUCCCAGACGGAGGUGUCUGAUUAUUAUGAGGGAACAGGGUACCGCAUGGCAUUCAUAAAGCACCCAGAAAAGAAGACGAGACGACUGUUUAAAUUUCACACGAACAGCCCAGAGAUGAACGCCUUGUUAUUCUACAUCGAAAAUGAAGAAUCUUUCUUCUGUGUGUUUGUGGCGAGAGGCCUCCUGGUUCUCCGAGGACAACAAGCAGAUCGAGAAGUCAGAGUCCAGAGUCCAGACCGAGUGUCUCUCUCUGACAAACAGUUUGCAAUCAUCAUUGCGGACAGAUUUAUUGUGCACUAUGGGUCCAAGGAGAUCUCCACAGAUUACAUCAAGACAAGGUAUACCAGGUAUUACAUUGGAGGCCUGCCAGCACAGCUUAGACAGAGACACAACAUCACAGCUGCACCACUCAGAGGAUGCGUGGAUCAUCUGACAGCAGAUGCAGAGGUUGCUGAGUACAACAGGACACUUGGUGUUAGUGGCGGAUGUCCAGUGUCUGUACUGGGUGUUCAUGCAGCUACGUUGUUUUCACCACUGGCUAUUGAGUCCUUGUUUGUCUGGAACGAGCCACCCAUCAGAGUCUCUCUGAGCUUCAGGAGCAAAUACAGACAUGCUGUUCUUCUCGAGAGCAGCUCUCAGGACUUCCAGCUGUCCCUGGCAGAUGGCUUUCUAGUGUUCAAGAGUUAUAAUUGUACCCUGUGGUCAGAUAAAAGGUACAGCGAUGGAGUCUGGCAUUAUCUGUCUGUAGAGUGGAUGCCAACUGGGGUGGAGCUCAGCAUUGAUAAUGUUAAUGUGACUCUGGGGCAAUCAUCUCUUAUCAGUCAACAAGAAGGGAAAUUCCCAGUAUGCAUUGAAAACAUUUAUGCAAGGAGGCCUGACCAUGCGUUAACCCCUGCUGAUCUUAGCGUUUUAUCACUGACAGCAGACAUCUUCCCUGGUCAGUGCAGGCUUCAUCCCCCCUCACAUGGAGAAUCUGUGCCAAAGAAGCCUCAGAAACACAAACCUACAACAGCAGGUAGCCAGUGUAGACAACAGCAAACCCAGCAUGAAUACCAGCUCUCUGAAGCAAACAGCUGGCUCAGUUACACUUUGCCUCAACAGGACCUUGAUUACAGGCCUCACUUCUCUCUUCACUUCAUGACCAAGACAUCCAAAGGGCUGAUCCUCCAUGUGGCGGGAAGAGGAGUCAUUCCCUUACUGGCUCUGUACAUAGCUAACGGCAAGAUCAAGAUGUCACUCGGUCCCAACAGAACCAUUCAGCACAAACAGAAGAGCAAUGAUGGGAACUGGCACAAAGUUGAGCUCAGCAUUGAAAAAAGCACUUUUCACCUGCUGGUGGAUGAGAUCCGUGUGACUGAUGGUCGCUUACCCAAAGAUGAGGGAUCAUCUUUAGACUUUCAUAACCCCGUAUAUCUGGGAGGUGAUCCAGAAAGAAGUUACAGUAAAGAACACAACGUUCCCACAAAUAGUGUAAUCGGAUGUAUACGGGAUUUCAAAAUGUAUGACGUUGCUGUUAGUCAACCGAAUUCCAGACACAAAAUCUUACCCUGCUUCGAUGGACGCACAGAGAUAGGGACAUACUUCAGUGGUGGUCAUAUUGUGUUAGAUCAUUUCUUCACUGUUGGUUCUCGGUUUGAGUUGUCCUUUGAGCUCCGUCCUCAACACCUGCUGGGUCUCCUCUUCCAUUUACAAAGUGGCAAGACCAGCCUUAAUGUGUACUUAAUGGAAAACAAGGUGGGCGUCAAAAUGAAAGAUGGUGAUGGUGCUGUCAGUGUUUCAGUGAAGCCUCGCAAAAACCUGUGUGAUGGAAAAUUUCAUGUGGUUCAGGUGUCCAAACAGCAUGCUGUGAUCAAACUAGUGGUGGACCCCACAGAAGGCCCCUCUACAUCCAGCUCAACCUCAGCAGCAAGACUCUACAUCGGAGGGACAACAAAUCGACACAUAGCACCUGUGUCGUCACCAUUUAUAGGCUGCCUGCGAAAUGUGAGGUUUAACAGGAAGUCUGUUGGAUUUGAGAUGAAUUCCAGGGUGUUUGGCCCUGUUAGCGUCAACAAAUGCCCAGCCGAGUCAUGAUAAGUCACACACCAACUACUUGACAUCAACAGAGACAAACAAAGCUUAAACUGAAUAAAUUCAGGCUAAAAUUAUAUAUUUGAAUGAUGUUUUUUGUAUCCUCCUCAAAAUAAUCAAGCUUCCUGCAACUAGAUUUUGAGAUACAAAUCAUGCUUGUUAUUUAAUUUUAUAAAGUGAAUAAGAACUACUUGUUUGAGUAUUUGAAU